AUGCAAGGAUCGUCACCACAGACGACUGCCGCCUCGCCGGCGUCACAUACCCGAAAGCGCCGCCACUUUAAGAGCCGUCUCGGCUGUGCCAUUUGCAAGCGACGCAAGAUCAAAUGCGAUGAGUCUCGGCCGGGAUGCGCCAACUGCGCAAAGCAUGGCGUCGACUGUGACUUUCUGAACGAGCCGGCGGCGGUGCCGAGCCGGUCCAAUGCCGCGUCGCCAGAUGCACCGCCGGCUUCGCACUCGUAUCUACGUUCACAUUUCCGUCCACAGCCACGUCCAUCCGUCGCAACACCACGGGGCACUGCUCCAACCUGCACAACUCACGCCAACGACGACCUCACACCCGCACAGGUCCCCCUGCAGCUCGCCCACCUCGAGAUGCUGCACAACUUUGCCACGUCGACGGCCCUCACGCUGUCGCCGGACCCCGUGCUGCGCACCAUCUGGCGCCUCAACGCGCCGCGCGAAGGGUUUCGGCCGGGGCACGGCUUUGUCCUGCGCAGCAUCUUUGCGCUGUCGGCGCUGCACAUGGCCGUGUUUGCGACGGACCCGGCGGCCAAGCAGCAGCAUCUCGCGCGCGCGCGCGCCGAGCACGGCAUUGCGCUUCGGGACACGGCGGCGGCGCUGCGGCACGCGUCCGCCAGCAACUGCUCGGCCGUGUUCAUCUCGGCGACCCUGACGUUUCUGUAUGCCUGGGCGUGUCCACGGCAGCCGGGCGACAUCUUUUUGGUGUCUCCGUCGACGACGACAGCCCCCACCACCUCCCACCCCAGCCAGCCCGCCGACUGGGUCUUUUUCCUGCGCGGCAUCCGCACCAUUACCGACGCCUGGUCGGCCGAGCUGCUGCGUGGGCCCUUUGGCACCAUGAUGCGGCUCGGCUGGGAGAGCACGCACUUUACAAAGAUGAGCGCGUACCGGCAACGCGGUGGGUGGGACGAGCGCGACGGCGGCAGCGACGUCGGCGCUGGCCAGGCCGCGCUCGUGGCGUCGCCGGCGUGGCAGGCCACGGCCGAGCACGCCCAGUUUCUGUGCCUACGGCGCACCGUCGCGCGCGCCGCGGCCGCCGACGAGGAGCCCAUCUACCAGAAAUCCAUUGACAGUCUGGAGUUUGGAUUUGCCUGCACCUACCGGUCCAUGGGGACGUUUCACGCGGCGGCGACAGCUGCGACGACUACGGCGACUACGCCAUCGACGCCGUCGGCCAUGUCGAAUGCGGCCCAGGUCGACGGCCGCCCACCCGGCGCCGCUGCAUUGGCCGGCGCCGCCUUGACGUCCGGCGUCUACUACUGGCUCUACUGCAUGGACGACGACUUCCUGGACCUCAUCAUGCGGCGUCGGCCGCUGGCGCUCGUCGUGUUUGCCCACUUUGUCGUGCUGCUGCGCGUGCUGAGCAGCUGCUGGUGGAUGCAGGGGUGGACGACCCACUUGAUGCAGGAGAUUUGGGGGCUGCUGGACGAGGACCAUCGGCUGUGGAUCUGCUGGCCGAUUGAGGAGCUGGGAUGGCGACCGAGUGUGUGA